AUGGGUAAUAAGUUGGGAAGGAGGAGGCAAGUGGUAGAUGAGAGGUAUACAAAGCCACAAGGUUUAUAUGUCCACAAAGACGUAGACCAUAAGAAGCUCAGGAAACUCAUUCUUGAGUCCAAGCUCGCACCUUGCUAUCCUGGUGACGAGGAGUCGUGCAAUGAUCAUGAAGAGUGCCCUAUUUGCUUCCUGUAUUACCCAAGCCUCAACCGAUCACGAUGUUGCACGAAAGGGAUCUGUACAGAAUGUUUUCUGCAGAUGAAAAAUCCUAAUUCAACUCGUCCUACUCAAUGUCCGUUCUGUAAAACUUCAAAUUAUGCUGUGGAAUAUCGUGGUGUAAAAACAAAAGAGGAAAAGGGUUUGGAGCAAAUUGAAGAACAAAGAGUAAUAGAAGCAAAGAUUAGGAUGCGACAACAAGAGCUUCAGGAUGAAGAGGACAGAAUGCAUAGAAGGCUAGAAUCAAGUUCUUCCAGUUCUAACAUUGCACCUGAGGAGGUUGAUUGUGGCUCUGUAGCAGUUCCAUCCGAUGCAUCAGCAGAAAGCAAUGAAAUUGUUUCUUCUCAACCAUCUAUCAGAGAUCCUGCAUUGUCUAGACCAAACAGGGAUGAAGACUUUGACCUUGAUCUCGAGGAUAUUAUGGUAAUGGAGGCAAUCUGGCUUUCUAUCCAGGGAAACAGCCGACCAAGAAAUAUGUCCUAUGAUUUUUCGUCCGAGCAGUAUGGGACACAAUGCUUUAUGCCACAAAACACUGCUGCUCAACCACCGGUUGUUGCUUCAUCAUCUUCAUCAUCAUCAUCAUCUCCUUCUGGCGGUCUUGCCUGUGCAAUUGCAGCCCUUGCCGAACGUCAGCAGAUGGUCCCUGGGAAUGUCGUGUCAACAGAUGACGUACACUGUAACAAUAGCUUCUACAGCACGCUGAGCCAGCAGCACGCAGAUACUUAUGCUCAACCUGAGAGCUCCAGCAAUGUGUCGCCUAAUUGCCAAAUCAUAGUGACAAGGGACGAUGCAGAAUGGAUCGGAAAUCGUGGAUCCGAUGCUGCUGCCGAAGCGGGCACGAGUUACUCGACAAGCUCCUCUGAUACGACGGCAGAAGAGUGUGGAAGGUCUUCCUUAUCACCAUUGCCGGCUUCAACUUCCCGGCCACCACUGCUGAAUGAGAUGGGAGGACCUAUUCUUCCUGAAAGCUUUGAGGAGCAGAUGAUGCUGGCCAUGGCAGUUUCGCUUGCUGAGGCUCGAGCUGUAACGACAGGAAGCACGUGGCAAUGA